AUGGCCUAUGAUCGUUAUCUGGCCAUCUGUUAUCCUUUACGGUAUAAUAGCAUUAUGACCUCCAAGUUUUGUUGGAGUCUGGCAGGUGCCUGUUGGCUGGGGAUCUUCCUUGGCUCAUUACUCCCUGUCACUUUUUUGGCAAAGCUAUCCUUUUGUGGAGCAAACAUCAUCAACCAUUAUUUCUGUGAUGUGUCCCCACUCUUAAAACUCUCAAGUUCAGACACCUCUCUCCUAAAAUCCUUCUUUUUUAGCUUAAUGUGGGUCAUUAUUUUUGGCUGUCUUUCCUUCACUCUUUUGUCUUAUGCCAACAUUAUUUUCACUAUUAUGAAAAUCCCCUCUAUAGUUGGGCAACAAAAGGUAUUUUCCACCUGUGGUUCCCAUCUUACAGUGGUGAGCAUAUAUUUUUGUGCUGUCAUAUUUAUGUAUGUCAGGCCAAGAGAAAGUUACUUCUUUGAGAAAGAUAAGUUGAUUUCUGUAUUCUACUCCAUUUUAACUCCUCUGUUAAAUCCAUUUAUCUAUUGUCUGAGAAACAGUGACGUGAAACAAGCAUUACAAAAAAUUAUCCGAACAAAAAUGUUGGCAAAUCAGUACAUGUGA